AUGGACCAUCCUAGACCUCAUGAUGUCUGGACUAACAUCGUGGUGCAACGGCCUGCAAUGGAGACCAACGGUGGUAGAAAUCCUGCAGCAGCCCUCAGUGGGCCACCUGAGGACCCGGCUGCUCUAGCCCCUCGUCAGUCAGACAGUUUGCUGGAUGGCGAGAAGACUGCAGCCACCCUGCUGUUCUUUGGAGUCUUCCUUGCCCUUGUGGGUAUCAUUUUCACCACUAUGGGCUGGCACCACUAUCUAGCCAACCCCACCUUUGAGUGGACCCAACUGCUGGGCCCCAUCCUGAUUUCGGUUGGAGGCACAUUCAUGCUUACCAGUGUUUGCAAGUUUCGUUUCAUCUCCUGCUGCAGACAGAUAGAUGAAGAAGUGCUUCCUGCCGGGUCCGUGAAUGGCGUCCAUGCAGCCAUUCCUCCGCCUGUGUACUGUGUGGACAGCGCAGCUUUCAUAGCCGAAGAAGCUCACAGCGCAGGAGCAAACCACAGAAGAAGCAGGACUGAGAAGACGGAAGAUGACAGAGGACGUGACGGCGACAGCAGCUCUUCCUGUCCACCUGCUUACGAGGACAUCUUCCCGUCCUCCAACAAACACAACUGGACGUAA